UUUAAGCUGACACAACUGUAUGGGACGUCGCUGGGUAGGUCUCACAGUCAAACUCCACAGUACAUCUCUAGCAAAAUGAACUCCUCCGUGAAGUUGGCAGUUUUGCUAGUCGCCAUGACGCUUGUCAUUCAGGUCAACUGUCGAAGCCUCCCAGCCCCUCAAAGUGGCCUCCCUGGUUACGACAGCCUUGAGGGUCUCCGCAAAGGUGAUGGCAUUUUGGGGGGUGUCCUUAGUGACGAAGAACUCGCUGGUCUACUUAAUGGAAAUGGAAUUGUGGGGGGUGUCGUUGGUGAUGAAGGACUAUUAGGGGGUUUCCUUAAUGAUGAUGGCCUUACGGGGGGUCUAAUUGGUGACGAAGGCAUUGUAGGGGGUCUUCUUAAUAAUAAUAAUGACCUUUUGGGAAGUAUCCUUAAUGAUGAAGAACUAUUAGCGAGUCUCAUUAAUGAUGGUGGAAAUUUGGGGGGUGUCCUUAGUGACGAAGAACUCGCUGGUCUACUUAAUGGAAAUGGAAUUGUGGGGGGUGUCGUUGGUGAUGAAGGACUAUUAGGGGGUUUCCUUAAUGAUGAUGGCCUUACGGGGGGUCUAAUUGGUGACGAAGGCAUUUUAGGGGGUCUUCUUAUUAAUAAUAAUGACCUUUUGGGAAGUAUCCUUAAUGAUGAAGAACUAUUAGCGAGUCUCAUUAAUGAUGGUGGAAAUUUGGGGGGUGUCCUUAGUGACGAAGAACUCGCUGGUCUACUUAAUGGAAAUGGAAUUGUGGGGGGUGUCGUUGGUGAUGAAGGACUAUUAGGGGGUUUCCUUAAUGAUGAUGGCCUUACGGGGGGGCUAAUUGGUGACGAAGGCAUUGUAGGGGGUCUUCUUAAUAAUAAUAAUGACCUUUUGGGAAGUAUCCUUAAUGAUGAAGAACUAUUAGCAAGUCUCAUUAAUGAUGGUGGCCUUGCGGAGGGAGCGUAGUUCUAAUUUAAAUGCAGUGUUAAUUCGUAUUACCUUAUAAAUAAAUAUGUUAUUUAUCUCGUAAAGUUCAAAAUAUGAUGAAAUUUUGUUAAAUAAGCACAUAUCAUUGUUCAAAAAUAAAUAUUUAUUUGUUAUGGAA